AUGAUGUUGGAUGAUUUCCGAGCCUAUCUCAGAAGAAAAGCGAUGGUCCUUUUCGGAAACCAUGAAAGACUAUUCGAAGUGAAUGAUGCUGCUAGUCAAGAAGGGAGUUCUAGGAGUGUUAGUACGGAUUAUACAGAAUUGAUGGGUGGUAGUGUUCCCUGUCCUUCGUGUAAAGGCACAGGAAGAAUCCCUAAAGAAAUGGAAGAAACCCUUGUUGCCCUAAUUCCACUGAAUGAUGACCGUUUGAAGCCUAAAAGGACUUGGUUUUGGGUGCUCAUCGGUAUUGGAAUAUGUGUACUACUAGCUUCCGCUGCUAUAUUCAUGUUAGUUCCUCGCGCAGUAGAGUUGUCUGGUUCAAGACAACCCGUCGAUAUCAUUCAUGUGGUCUUUCAUAAUGCUUCUGAUCCGAAAAUUCAGUUCCAUUUUAUGAAUCAUGUAAAUAUAUCUAACUCGAAUUACUACGUUGUUCAAGUCGUGAAUUUGACUGCUCAAGUUAUAUCGAAGUUCCAACCUUGGAACAACGAUCUUAUUGGAACCGGUGCGAAUGACAGUACUGUUGCUAUAGCUCCUUUGAGCCAGAAAAACAAUCAGUUAUUCUUCAAUAAUUCUGUGACGCUAACGGGUGUCGUUGCAGAGUAUUGCCAUGCUCCUUUCUCACGACUCACAUCAUUGUAUGUGAAUAUGCAGUUUGACGUUGUAGUUUCUCUAUUGUAUUUUAAUCACAGAGAGCAAAUCUCGCUCUCGACUACUCAACAAGUAUGCUGUGUGCCUUCUGGUAAUUGUACAUCCACCUAA